AUGGCAACAACGGAAGUAACGGCAAGGGUGCAGGGGAGUCGGGCUCCACGAUUGAAGCGCGCCCUCUGUGUAAAGUACAUAACAUUUUUAAGUUACGCAAAAAAGAUUAACCUGAAGGGACCAUGGAACAGGUACUACGGUUGCUUGUUCCGGACCGCAGGAACAGCUAUAACAUCAAUGAGAGGGUUAAUGGGUACCGCUGUGAUACCUCGUGGAGGGAGGCUACCUCGGAAUAAGGACAUGUUAUUCGAUAAGCUCCUAAAUCAUAUGCUCUCCAAACCAGUUAAAAUAGCCUCCUUCGAUUUCGACGGUACGUUGAUGAACCCCACAGGAGAGAAACACCCCAAUAAUGUCCUUAUCAGUAGGGAAGCAAUACAAAACAUUAUUGUCUUAAAAAAAAUACACCAAUACAAGGUCGUGAUUUUCUCGAACCAAACGAAUGUCUCUUCCCCCUUGUACGAUUCCACCCACAUGGAGCAGAACAAGCUCCCCGUUCUCUUCUCAAAGGUGGAGCAGUUAACAGAUGCGCUCCGAUACUUUAACUCCUUUUAUGCGAGUCACCCGAAGGUGCCACAAAAAGGAGACACGCACCCAUCAAUUUGGCGCCAACGUGGGAGAACCCUCCCCUCCCAUACCCCAAUUGGUACUGCACACAGAAACAACUCCGCGCUGAACGCUUUCUUUGCAAUAGGGAAAGGAAGCAUCGAAGCGUUGGAUAUUUAUCCUAAACCAAGCGAUGGACAGUAUUGUCUGUUCAUCUGUUUGGAGGGGAUUAAAUAUGUUCUCCUACUAAUGAGUUAUUUUGCAAAAGCUCACAGAAUUCUAUUGGAGAGGCAAGCAAUCAAGCAGAAAGACAAACCUCUGGGAGAAUUCCUUCAACUUGUCUUGGAUAUGUUAAGUAAUCGUCAUUUACAAGUCCUUGUGAAGAAGCUUCGGAGGCGUCCAUUUCACCUGAACAAGAUCAGGCUACUUAUCCUCGACGUGUACCUAAAUACGCUAUUGCGGAAAAUGGAGUUAUACAGGCGUUUUGAGAAGGAGUACCCUGCGUAUGCUGCACAUGUGGAGUUUUUUUUAAGUGACGCAGAGUGGAGUAUCCAUGCUUCUGAAGGAGGCCAUGAUGAUUGUGUUGGAGAGUUCCCUUCACCGGAUCUCCUACGCGACGAGCUUUUUCUGACCCACCUCACCCGUUGCUUGGCCCAAAAAAACGACGCCAUGAAACGCCUCGCGGUUACCUUCUCCAGUGUGCUUUUCAAUUUUAAGGAGAGCUUUUACGCGGGGGACAACGUGGGUCGGGACUUCGACAAGUCGGAUGUGGACUUGCAGUUCGCCGCACGGACUGGAAUGAGACUCCUCGAUGAUGGACAUGUACGCCACUUGGGUGGCCCCAAACAAUGA